AAAAAAAGUUGGAACUAAUCAAGAGCAUUCUGAAAAGAUAAUAGAAUUUUAAUCAGAAUAAAUACCAAGUUAAUAGUGACAAGAGACUUUACCCCAUAAAUUGGGGUAAGCUGUUGCACCAAGAAAGAUUUGGGGAAUGAUACUUGGAGACUCAUUGAUGUAUAGAAAAGCCAACUAAACCUUAGCAACAAACAUGGCUUUUGCGCUAAGAAAAGCCAUGGUUACCACCGAGGAUCAACCUCUGAACCAGACUGACGAUACAGGUGCAGCGAGAAGUGUGGAACAACUUGAAAGCAGAUUGACUAUUCACGAUUUUAUGAAAAUGCAAGAACUUUUUCUGUCCUCAGAGUUAAAUGAGAACGUGGGUAUUACUAGAGAAGAGUUCAUGGAGAAAAUGUCUGUGGUGGUUAGGCAAGGGACCAAAGAAGAAUACGGUGACCUGUUUGAUAAGAUAGAUUUGGCUCGAGAUGGUUUUAUCGAUUGGGACAAACUUACCUCCUUUGUACUGCUUGAAUUGUACGAGAGAGAAGAACGAACCAAGUUAUCAGUUAUUCCUCAGUGGAAGGACCUCCGUCUUAUCCCACCAAUCCAUAAAGACACUGUUGAAAACAUAACAUUUUUGAAGAACCUCAAUGUCUACCUGACUGUGAGCCGGGGCGGAUUGCUUGGCAUCUGGGGAGAGAGUUUAACAUUACAGAGGACUCUUCAAAUCACUGCAGAAGCUGUCAAGCCCAAAGACCUCUGGGUGACUUCUCUAGUUGCACUACCAAAUGUUAACAAGGUGGCAGUUGCAUUUACAAGCAAGGAGAUUUACUUUGCAGAGCUGAAUUCCAAGCAAGGGUUCUCUUGUCAGUACAGACUUCAAGGUCUAGAAGGAACAGUGAUAUGCAUGAACUAUUGGUACAAUCCUCAUGAUGGAAAUGAAGCCAUUUUGACACUGGGGGAUGUCUGGGGACAGGUUCAAGCAAUUGCCUUCAACACUGCCCUGAUCUCAUUGUUUGAACGGCCUUCCAAUUCCCAUGAAGAUGAAAAUGUGACAAUGACGGUUAAUUGGCAGGAGCUGGUCUCCGGAUAUCACAGUUGUUGCUACGUAUUGAGGCACAGACUUCAUGACAAAGAAUGGGUCAGACAAGUCGCGUACAGCUCCUCUUUAGAUGUCUUUAUAUCUGUUACAACCAGUAGUACGAACACCCUGGUGCUGGCCUGGAGAGAGAAAUUGAGUUCUGAUCUUACAAUGACAACCUUUCAUGUCACUCAAGGAGUUAAUGCUUUUGACUUCCAUCCCAAGCUCAACUUAAUAGCAACUGCAGGAAUUAAUCGCCGUGUUUGCCUUUGGAACCCUUAUGUCACCUCCAAAUCUGCUGGAGUCUUGGAAGGCCACUCGGACAGUGUAAUCGCUGUCCAGUUCAUUACAGAGCGCAAACUGCUUUGCAGCUUUGCAAAGGAUAAGGUGUUGAGGAUCUGGGAUAUUCAACAUCAGCUUUGCAUCCAGAGGAUUGCCGGUUCCUUCCCCAAAAGCCUCGAGUUCCAUUCUCUGCUUUACUUUGAUGAACCUCGUGGGCGUCUGUUCAUCUCAUUUAACAACCAAUUGACAUUACUGGAAAUGGAGCCGGAUACAGGCAAGAGCAGAGUUUCGAGUCACAGGAAAGCCGUUACUUGCAUUCUUUACAAUUCAGUUUUCAAGCAGGUAAUCACCUCAGAUAUGGGGUCCACUGUUAUCUUCUGGCUCAUUGAUACUGGGCAGAAGAUCAAAGAGUUUGCACGUUGCCAUGGCAAUGCCGAGAUCAGCGCUAUGGCACUGGAUGGGUGUGAGACAAGACUCUUCACUGGGAGCACAGAUGGAACAGUGAAGAUUUGGGACUUCAAUGGACACUGUCACCAUCAACUUAAUGCUGGAAGGGACCGAGCAGUUGAAAUUUCCCAGAUCUUGAUACUCAGCCGAACUAUAUUGGUUCUAGGCUGGGACAGGAUGAUUACCGUCUUCUGCCUGAGCAGCUUGACCCAGAGUUUUGUUCAGCCUUCAGAUUGGAAAGGAGGAGUUCAGCAUCAAGACGACAUCUUAUGUGCAGCAUUUUUACCUCCACAAACUCUAGUUACAGGUAGUUCUGGCGGUGAAAUUGUUGUCUGGAAUAACAGCACAGAAAAUGCCUCCAUGAAACUUCACCUGAAUCCAGGGAAACACCUCCAAUCCAGAUCAGAUUCUCAGCAGAAAGGGAGUUCUACUGACAGGCUGUCCUCUAGAAGACACACGUUAUCUGCAGCUUGCUACUCUCUCUCUGGUACAGAGAACUGCAGUGCUGUUACCAGGCUCUUCUUUUUGGAGGCCCGGAAAAAUAUGUCGAUAACAGGAGGAGCACAGUUAGUGUCUUGCGGAGCUGCUGGCAAUGUUGGGUUUUGGAAUAUACAGAAAGGUCAGCUACUUGGAGAGUUCGAAGCUCAUGGCGGAGUGGGGCCCAUUAUCAUGACAAUUGAUAAAUCAAGCCAGUACCUGAUAACAGGGGAUUUGGCUGGAUGGGUCAAAAUAUGGAACAUAGAGAACUAUUGCCUUUCGUCUGGUGAAAACAUGGUAACAACUGAGCCACCGCCUCUGCUGAGGUCAUUUCAGCCCCAUGAUGCUUGUGUCACUUACUUGGAAACCUGCACUCGAAACACCUGCCUUUUCAUCCUGUCAUCCUCUACAGACUGCAGAGUUGUUCUAAGUGACAUUUCUGGUCUUCCUCUUGGAACAUUUGGACAGGAAGGGCACUGGAGGAUUGGAAGCGAUGUCCCACCUUUCCCGAGAGGUGAAACCAAGGACCAGACAGAAGAGGAGAAUGACAUUAAAGAGAACAGCUCUGUGCCUUCUGUGGAAGAAGAGACACCUCCUAAUCUAGUGGAACACGCUGUACCUGUUACAGAGGAUAAAGAAGAUUUAGCAUACACGGUGAAUAUAUGGGACAACACAAUAUUGGGCAAAAAGUAUAAAGAGAAGCAUACCCAGAAAGGAAGAAAAUACAUCAUCUUCAAUAAAGCAGCUGGGGUAAAGCCAACAGUUGUAUUUAGGUCAUUAAACAUUGAAGCCCUGAAGGAGACAACAGAAAUGAAGUUUGAAUUUCUCCUACACCCUGACAAAUACUUUGGGGAAAAGUCAGUGGAGAAACGCUCUGAAGAUUUAAAGCUGCCUACCCUUUCAGCUACCCUGAAAGCACCAUUCAAUGAAAAGAACUUAUUCCCAAAAGAAAUCCUGGACCAUGAAAAAAAAUCAAGGCAGCUGUGGGAAGAUAUGAGCAAUGAAGGCAGGAUAAAAAAUGGUAGGAAGCCUGGGAAGCGGAAAGGAAAAUAAUCUGACUCUGCUGCUGCCACUGCAAAAAUAAGAGAGCGAUUUUGCUCUGAAUUGAUGGGGCAACCUAGACGACAAGAAUUCAAGCAGAUGACCAUGAGAACCAUAAACCUGAACUCUGGACAAUGGGAAAAAUGAUUUGUGUCUUACAAUCAGAGUCACAGUUUCAUUUCUUUCCUUCCAUUUGAUGUUGCUGUUAAUGCAAAUUACUGUGUGUUUCUGACUGGAUAUAUAUAUUUUUAAUGCAGAAUUUUUUAUUUUAUUAAUACAGUUAAAAGUUCAAUAAACUGGACAUAUUUGACCUGCUACAGGAUCUGUAUUAAGAACAUUGACACUGGAGGGCUGAAUGCCCCAUAAAUCCUAACUCUUGUGCAUUUGUGACUUGUGAGAAAACUUGGGCCACAGGAGUCAGAAGCCAGUUUUAAAGUUA